GCGAGCGUUUCUUUUGUUUGCUCGCAAGCAUGGCUCGGCCGAAUCGCGCCGAUCAUUGCACUUUUUUUCUGCGCUCUUCGUUCGGUCAUUUGAAACUCUCGCCGGCAGCAGUGUGUUGGUUUGGUGGUGCUAAAGUGCCGAUUUUGCAGCCCGCGUGCUUCGAUCUAACACUGCGUGGACCUUCCUCUGUCGCCAAGGUGUCGGCUAGCGUGGAGCACUAGAUUCGUGCGCGAAGAAUCUCUUUUCGGCUACUUAGACUGUUCGAGCAAAAAUCCAAAAUGAGUGACGGCGAAUGGGAAGAACAGGGGCGUAGCUUUGGUGGUAACAACUUCGACGACUCACAAGUAACUAACGGUAAUGGUUACAGCGAUGAUCACCACCAGAAUGGAUUUAGUGAUCGUCGCGGUGGACGAGGCGGCCGUGGCGAUGGCGGCGGCUUCCGUGGAAAAAGGAACGGUGACGACGACGGAGGUUACCAAGGUAACGACCCGGCGAUGGACGUGGUUCAAUCGGACAAACCUCGCGAAAUCUAUAUUCCACCCCCGCCCACGGAGGACGAAGAAGUGAUAUUCGGAUCCGGAAUCUCGUCGGGUAUUAACUUUGAAAACUUGACUGAAAUCGAAGUGAAGGUUUCCGGCGAAAACCCGCCAGCAUGCAUCGAAUCGUUCUCCAAGUCCGGUCUGAGCGAAGCGGUGUUGAACAACGUGCGCCGCUCCGGCUACAAGAAGCCGACUCCGAUUCAACGGCACGCUAUACCGAUCGUGUUGAAUGGGCGCGACAUGAUGGGCUGCGCCCAAACAGGUUCGGGGAAAACAGCGGCCUUCAUGUUGCCCAUGAUUGACUGGAUCCUGUCCCUACCGGAUUUGCAGCCCUACGAUCGCCAGCCCUACGUCCUGGUGGUGGCACCGACGCGCGAGCUUGUCAUCCAAAUUCAUGACGAGGCACGCAAAUUUUCACACGGCACUGGACUGAAGGUGGUUUGCAUUUAUGGUGGAGCGGCCACUACUCAUCAGCUGCAGAUGCUGCGGGGCGGUUGCCAGAUAAUGGUGGCGACUCCAGGCAGGUUGCUGGAUUUCAUAGACCGCGGAGUGAUCACUUUCGAGAAGAUCAAAUAUGUCGUUCUCGAUGAAGCCGAUCGCAUGCUGGAUAUGGGUUUUCUGCCCACGAUUGAGAAGGUUAUGGGCCAUCCGACAAUGCCUCCGAAAGAUCAGCGCCAAACACUGAUGUUUUCGGCUACAUUCGCUGCUGAUAUACAGCAGUUGGCGGGCGUGUUCUUGAACAAUUACAUUUACGUAGCCGUAGGCAUCGUCGGUGGAGCCUGCGGUGACGUCGAGCAGGUGAUCUACGAGGUAGAGAAGUUCAAGAAACGAAAGAAGCUGGAGGAGAUUCUUGACCAAGGAAAUGCCCAAGGAACCUUAGUUUUUGUAGAAACUAAGAGGAACGCGGAUUAUCUCGCUUCGUUGAUGUCGGAAACAAAGUUUCCGACCACGUCGAUCCACGGUGAUCGCUUGCAACGCGAGCGUGAAAUGGCGCUCAAGGAUUUCAAAGAGGGUCGCAUGGAUGUUCUGAUUGCGACGUCGGUAGCGGCUCGAGGACUGGAUAUUAAAAACGUAUCCCACGUGAUCAACUAUGAUCUACCCAAGAAUAUAGACGACUACGUGCAUCGCAUUGGCCGUACCGGUCGAGUUGGAAACAAGGGGCGUGCGACCAGCUUCUACGACCCUAAUGAGGACCAUUCCAUAGCAUCGAGUUUGGUAAAGAUCCUGCAGCAGGCAAAUCAAAACGUGCCCGACUUCCUCGGGCAUCUGGCUGGUAACAGCGGCGGUGGUGGUGGAGCCUUUAAUGGAUCGACCUUCGGUGGCCGUGAUAUCCGCGAUUCAGCCGGAUCUCGUAUUGAUGCUCAACCGGCUAAGCAGGAACCCGAGGAGUUGUGGUAAUGUUUUGGGUGAGGACGAUUACUUUAUGGUUCUUAUAGAGAGCUUCUCUUUUUCAAUUUUCCUUCAUUUCAUUUCUUGAUCUUUUAAAGAACAAAACCGAACGUUGUGUUGAAUUUAAAGAUGAAUUUAAUUAAAUAUUACUAUGUAAUAUCGUUGAAUUAAAUAUGUUAUAACUUCAAAUAA